GUUGGGGUCCCCUGGGCUCUCGGGCGCCGUCACUGUCACCUUCACCUCACCCCUCCCAGGGCCGCGCCAGGCGCGAAGUCUCCCCGAUCAUGACCUCCACUGGCCCGGAUUCCUCUGCUACUAGGCAUCGGCGGGGUCGGCACCACCCUCACUCGCCCCCGCAGGAAUCCGCUGGCACCUCAACCUCGAAGCGAGGUGUAAAGAAAGGUUCUACACGGCACUCCAGCCCCAAUCUAGCAGAGGUGAAGAAGAAAGGCAGAAUGAGAAAGCUCAGCCUAUCCACCGAGCAGGAUAUCAUCUCUGGGCUGCAAGGGCUGGAUCUGAACCUUGAGAGCAGGGUGCUGACUGGCACAGGCUUGGUGUUUGAUGAACAAACUGAUGAAUUCCACCUCCUCUGUGAUAACAGCAUCCUGGAAAACCUGGAGCGUCUCCGUGUCAUCAGGGAGCAGCUGAUCCAGAGGGGCCUCCUGGACCGCUGUGUGUCUUUCAAGGCCCGCUUUGCUGAGAAGGAGGAGCUGAUGCUGGUUCACAGGUGA